ACAAUAUUCCAGCUAGCGAGAGUCACUCUGAAAAGUAAGCUAGGUUAAUUUAACAGAUGUCAAAACGGCAAAAAAUUUGGAAUGGAACGGCAACGCCUGCUCAUAUUUCAUACCUUCUCCUAAUUUUAGACACAGAAGCGUCAUGUCGAAGGGGUAAAAGUGCGGCUAAUGUCUGAAGAAUGGAGAGUUGUCGUGGUCCGUUGAGCUGAAAAAUGGGAGCAAGCGCCUCAAUGUCGCUCUGUAGCGACUCCUCCUCUGUCAAGAUCCUGAGGCAGGGUGCAAAGGUUAGCCCAGAGCCCAUCAUUCAGACCCUGGUAACAGAAUCUGAGGCCAUGGUAAAAUGUGUGUUUGGUGUUGCCUUGGAAACUCUAAAAGAAGAUGGACAGAUGGUGUGUGGAAUCCCUCUUGUGUUGAAAGACAUGGUGGAGUACCUGGAUAAUAAUGGAAUGAACCACCGAGGUCUAUUCCGUCUGUGUGGCUCAGUGGCGCGAAUGAGGCAGCUGAGACAACGAUGGGACAAAGGGGAGCGUGUGGACCUACAACAUGAGGCAGAUGUCUCCACUGUGGCCUCGCUCCUUAAACUUUUCCUUCGGGAGUUGCCUGUCCCCAUAGUUCCCGAAGCCCAACGCAAACAGCUGAUCCUGAGUCUCACAGGAUCAGCAGAUGACACACAGAUUACCCAGUCUCUGAGAGAAAAUCUUUGCCACUUUCCCAAUGACAACCUCACCAUCUUGUCUUACCUCAUUUACUUCCUGUCCAGAGUGGCUACUCACAGCCAAUCAAAUCAUAUGCCAAUGGAAAAUCUGGCAACCAUCUUUGGGCCGUGUAUAUUCCACGUUCCAACAGGACCCAGGAUGCUGGAGGAGCAGAGUGUGUGUAAUGCAUUGUUGCUGCAUCUUCUCAGGCAUCACAAGAUUCUAUUUUUGGACCCAAAUGAACAACAGCUGACCGCCUCUAUUGCAUCUUCAUCUCCUCCUCCUCCUCUCUCUGUUCUCUCACAUUUUCAGGUCCGUCCCAGCAGCUGUCAGUCAGAGCGGAAUAGUGUGGAGAAGUUAGAGGAAGAGACAGCUUCAAUCUCAACAACCAGCACUUUCACCCAAACAACGCCAAUACGCUCUCAGCUCAACAGUCCUGACACACUGGAGCUGGACUGUGAAACCAGCUCUGAUGUCAGCACAGCCUCUCAGCAACUGAUUCCAGACCAGCUAGAGGAUGGCAGAGAAAUCAGAGAGAAAGGGUCAGAGCAAAAACAACUAACAAAAAACAAACCACCUCAAAGCAUCCAGGGGGACUCACCAAAAUCAAUGCGAGCGAUGACACCACAUGCCAUGUCAGUUUUCUCCUCAGUAUCAAAAUCAAAAGAAGUGGAAGGAGACAAGUUAGAGAACACUUCGCAGGAUGACUGUUUAAUGGAUUCUACAGAUGCAGGACAUCUGUCAUCUCUUUUGAAUUCCAGUAUUUUGGAAGAAUCACAAAACAGCAAAUCUCAAACCCAGGCUGAGCUCACAGAGAGCUUGCAGUCCUCCUUAAAGGACGAGAAAGACAACACAUCUACAAUCCCUGAGCAGAAGGGGAGAGGAGGAGGAGGAUGUGGUGGUUGUCUUGACAGUCACAAUGAUUGCAGAGGCAAGAACAAUUGUGACAGCCCUUCCCUCAAGGUGCAAGCCCUAGAGGGUGACCUGGGGCUUUCAUCCACGCCAGUAGACCCUGGAGCUCAGGAGCAUCUACCUUCACAACAACAACAACCUCUUUCAUCUGAGGAGACAAACCUUUAUUUAAACCACACUCUGCUCCUACACUCACCACCUUCACCACCAGCUCAACAGGGUCAUCUCACAUUCAGCUCAUCAGAGCUAGUACAUGCCACAUCCCCACAAUCAUCCGAAUCCAGUCCUGUCCACUCCUCUGCCACUCUUUUUGAGGGAAAUUCAGGAGAUGACUCCCAGCCCAACCCAUCAGGCUCCAUCCAAGGCCCAGACACCAGCCCGCUGCUCUCUCAUAUUACGACAGGCGACUGCCCUGUUCCCUCGCCACGCUGCCCGAGCCUCAGCCACAGUCUGCGUUACAACUUAGACCCUGACACCGCCCCUUCCCCUCCAAGCUCACAGGAAAUACGCAUGGCUCGGUGCAGUGUCCAUACAGAGCCAGAUGAGGGCUCUGUGUCCAUCUCAAUGCUUAACAGACACAUCCACACCCUGAGGAAAAGGAUCAGACGUUUUGAGGAGCGUUUUGAGCAGGAGAGGCAUUACAAGCCGGCCCAUAAUGAUAAGACUGCACAUCCAGAGGUUUCCAGGCUCAUGAAGGAGCUCAUCAAGAGCCGCAAACAGCUUAAAGAGCUUAAACUAAGACAAUCAGUAGAAGGGGGGCUGAGAGAACAUGGACGCUUCAACCAACCUGCUGAGCUUUUCAAACCUGGCAAUGAUCAGAAGGGGGCAGCAGUGACUGGCAUGGAGCUCCAGCAGCUUCACAACAAUGGCAACACUAAACCAAAUGUGGAGGAAACGGUCAACAUCAUUACCAACAGACUGAAGGAGCGAAGACGAGAGCUAGGCCUGCCUGACAGCCUUAAGGAGAUGUCACAUUUCCAGAUGACCAUGGAGAAGACAAGCCUGCAGAAGUGUUUGCUCUAUUUUGAAAGUCUGCAUGGACGACCGAGUACCAGACAGGAGCGGACUCUGAUGAAACCUUUCUAUGAUAGGUACCGAAUUGUCAAGCAGUUGCAGUUUUCUUCUGCUAAAACAACCGUUAUCACAACCAUUGAUGAAGAGGAGGGUUCUGAUGAGGAGCGUUCCAAACAGCGCCCUAGGCAGCCGCCAAUCUGGCUGAAACCGCCCAGAUGCACGUCCUCCGAUGAAUCACUGGACAUGUCUGAAACACCACUAGUUUCCCCUUUGGAGGAGGUCAAGGGCCUCCAGUCUCAGCUCAUCACCAUGGCAACACUGCAUGAAGCUUCCAGGCCAGAAUUGCUGGAUCAUCUCAGGAUGGCAAGGAUGGAGAAGCGGAGGCUCCACCAAGCACUUCGUGACUUUGAGGAACAUUUUUACACACAGACUGGAAGGGUUUGUCAAAAGGAGGACCGUGGACCGAUGGCCGAGGAGUACUGCCAGUAUAAGAACCUCAAAGCGAAGCUCCGUCUACUGGAGGCCCUGCUCAGUAAACAACAGGACUCAACCAACACCAGUUGAGUUUCUCACAGUGGGACUUUAAAUCUGAACAAACAAGACUCAAUCAUUUCCCAAAAAUCUUGCUGAGAAUUGACUGGGUCUGAACUUGUUUUCAUGCCAUGCUCAUAAUGUUGAUGCACUUUACAUGAGAAAAAGUAAUGGAAAAUGGUGACGAACCAAAUGAGUUGGUGGGCAACUGCAGAGUUUUAGUCCCCAAAACACAUCUCUUAUCAUUCAUGAUCCAGCCUUAUAUAAACCUGAUGUAGCAAGUGUAUGUUAUGUAGCACGAUUCAUGUCAGUGAUGAGGAGCUGUAACCAGUUGAUGUUUGUUACAUAUUAGGAUUUUUUUGUUUCUACCGUAUGUAUAUUAUGGCACUUUGUUACUUGCUUUUUCCUUCCCAGAACACUAUUUUUGGACACAAGCGUCUUGAGUCGUUGUGGAAACUGCAUUCUAAAAAAAGUGCUAUCUUGGCAAGAAGGAUUUUAGUUUAUAUGCAGUCAAUGAAAACAAUCCUGUGGCAUUUGUGCAUGUCAAUUUGUGCUAUGAUAUGCAUUAGGAGUUUUAUAUUUAUUAUGAAUUGUGACUAUUCAUUUUACAUGUUCACCUUGGAAAAAAAUGAACGUUGGCAUCUUGUGCAAGUGCAAGGUAAAUCUACUGUCCAAUUUGUAUUCAUCCCCCAUUUUGCUUGUAUAAUGUUAUUUCCCACUAAAUGCCAUUGGUGACAAUUAUCAGAGCUCUUGACAUUGUGCACUUCUGGUUUAUAUAAUUUUCUAUAUAUAUAUCUAUAUAUAUCAAUAAAAAUAAAUAUUUUUUCACAUUUAUUCUGCUAAACACAGUUUAUGGUUCUAUUUUCUUUCUUUCUGUUCACUACAGUAAAACAAAGGAGACGGUUGCAGAAAAGGUUGUGAUGGUAGAGGUACUGACAGCUUUCAUACUCAUGCUGCACAGAACUGCAUCAUGCUUUUAAAGGUUAACAAGUUAAUGAGUAGUUCACACUGGUCAUCAAAGACCUGGAGAGUACACAUUUUAGAGGCUGUUGCAUUAGUACUCUGAGGAUCCCACAGCUGUUUGAUCUGGUUUUUAAUACCUUUGGUAUAAAGAAAGAUGACAAUUGAUGCUGCAGCCCUAAGAAAUUGUAGUACCAGUCCUUGCAACUAGUAGAAGGUCAAAAUAAGUUUGAAUAUGUCUACUGCAGAUUUGGAAAUAAAAAGGCAAAAAAAAAA